AUGGCCGCUGCCCCCCGACGCAGAAAGCUCAUCGGCCAACGACGCCGAGUCGAGGACGAGGGCGACGAUGAGGGCCGUCCGGAGACGCUGGAGCUAGACGACGACUCCCUGACCGAGGGCUCCGUCAUCUCCGACGACCACGAUGGUGCUGAUGAUAGCGACACCAGCAACAUCGACGAGGCGUCACCCACCUCACCCAACGCGCGGAAGUCUGCCAACGGCACCGCAAAGGGGCCCGGCCACCGAGCCGCCAGGGCUGGUGCUCAGGGAGAUGGCAACAAGUCUGUGUCGGAUACCGAGUUGAUGCUUCAUGGCCUGUCCAUUGCGGAUCGGCCGGACUCUGCACAGGAGCUGCAGUUCGACGAGGCGACGCCUUCGCCACCCAAGUCGCCCUCUGCUCCCGUCAUUGUCAGCUCCUCGUCUGCCGUGCGGUCUCAGCCUGGGCAGCCAGGCAAUCGACGCCGACAGGAGCACGAGGAUUACAAGCGCCGGAGGGACGAGGACCCGGCCUUUGUGCCCAACCGGGGCUCCUUCUUCAUGCAUGAUCAUCGGCAUCCGGGGCCGGCCGCGAAUGGGUUCAGGCCGUUUGGGAGAGGUCGGGGCAGAGGUGGUGGUCGCGGUGGCAUCGGGGGCCCUUAUGCUCCAAUGAAUAGCCAGCUGCACCACCCCGCCGAUCCGACCACAAACUCCCCCUGGACGCACGACAUGCACGAGACUGUCGCAGACGUGAUCCCACGUCGCCCUCGGCAAGCACCUCACGAGGAGGGACCGCCUAACGGCAAUGGCUUCAUCCCCACGUGCGAGCCCAGUGCUACUCCCAUCAACAGAACCUUGUCGACUGAGAAACACAUCGGCAAUGCUCAAGUCCGCGUCAUUCUGCCUGCGGUGGCCAUCUCCAAGGUGUUUCCUGGCUUCCCGGUCAAGCAGUACACGAAGCUGCCCGAUCACCGCCCGCCCCUGCGCAGGGACAAGCCGGUGCGUAUCUCGCUGCCGAACCAUCCUCCGAGAUACAUCUUCCCCGCCUCGGACCGAUCGUUCACCUUCAUCCCUCGUGCAUUACGCCCCAACCAGCAGCGACUUAGAGGUAAGCCCCGGUCUGCAUGGGGUUCCGUGGGUGGCUUUUCGCGGAGGACCAGCAUAUUCGGUGGCAGCUACUACGGUGGAAGCAUAUACUCCCCCAGUGCUGCCGUCAGCAGGCGGUCAUCCAUCGUGGUGCACGAUAGGGAGGCGAUAUUUUCGCCUACCGGGUCCAUCAUCUCCCGCCCCGCACCACAGGCCGAUACCAGACCUGUGGUCCGUCUACCUCCGGCUCCGCAAACAUUCAAUAUGCCGCCUCUUGGAGUUGAGAUGCCAGCAGGCCAACCGGACCCAAUGUUGAUGGCCGGACAGGAGGCUUCGAUCGUCGACAUGCCCCAGCCACAAACGCACCCUCUUCCGCAGAAGCCCAACUUCCAGGAGAACUUCCCGGCAUCGAUCCCAAUGCACCAGCCUCGCCCUCAGAAGAACAUUUCCGUCGCGGGCAUCGAAUCGCCAUCCAUGACGCAGAAUGGCCCGGCCUUCCAGCAAGCCUUCCACCAGCAAGUUCCCAUGCAGAUGGCAAACGGGUUCCAGGACUCUCAUGCGCGCCGGCCCUCAUACUCAACCCAUGUCUCGACGGGCACGCCUCUGUCCCAAAUCCCAGAGCGGGCUAUACAUGCCGCACCGUUCCAGCCCAACACGUAUGGUCAAACGGCCUACUAUGGCGGCCAGCAGUACCAGCCUCACCCUCAACAGGGAUACUACUAUCCGCACGGCUACUCUGGCCCAAGCAUGCCCGCCUCUGCUGUCACCGCGCCUCCAUUCAUCCCCCAGGGACAGCCGGGCAUGCCUGGAAGCUAUACACCUCAGAAUCCAGCGGAGCAGCCAGGUGUCAACGUGACGGGGCCACCAGCACCCCCCAAUACAAACCUCGUGGCCCAGGAAGUCAAUGGCAUGGUUUACUAUUAUGAUGCUUCUCAGCUACCGUCGGUAAACCCUUACCCGCCGUACGCUACCUCACAGCCAUAUCAGCCUAGCGUGAUGGGAAUGGGUGGGAUGGUGACUCCCAGCCCCGACGGCUUCUACUACCCUCAGCCCGCACCGGGCAUGGUCUAUUACUCACAAUAG